AUUUAAUAAAAUGAAACAAUUAAUGCUUAAUAUGGUGAAAACCUAUAAGCAAAUGAACAAACCGGAUGAUAAACAAAAUAUUAAAAACUAUGGGAGCAUCUAAUACCCAGAAUGCACUUUAGGAGGAAAUCAUAGUGGAGAAAUAUUGAGUUUAAUUUGUUUAGAGAAAGAGUGUUAAUAAAACCAAAUAUUAUGUUGUUGCAUAUGUUAAGAAGAAUUUCAUAAGGGUCAUUAACUGAAACCACUCAAGUUAUUGUUAUGCGAGUAUGAUUAAAAACAAAAGUAAUGCAAUUUCAAAAUAUUUAGAGAAUUUCAAAGUGGAACUUUAAAAUAAAGUGAAAAAGAUCUUCUGGUAAAAAAGAUUAAUGAAAAAGAAAUUAUAUCUUUAGAAUAAACUCGGGACCUAUAAUAGUAAAUUGUUUAAAAAUUGAAUAAAAUUCAGGAUCAUUAAAAAUAAUUUUUUGAAAAUCUGAGGAAACUGGUAAAAUUAAGAGAAAUAGACAAUGGAAAUACAUGUAAAUUAAUAAAAUGAUAUUUUGAAGCUUUGGUCAUUGAAAAUAUUCUCAAUAAUUAAUAAAAUAGUUAAUUAUUUGGAAAAUUUGUAAAAGAGUUAUUAGAUGCAUUGAUAAUUUAAGAAUUACCUGAUUAAGAUCUAGGUUAUGAGGAAUUAAAUAAAGCAUUUGAUUUUCAUAUUAAAGAUUAAAGUGAUCGCAUAAAACAACUGGAGAAAUAAAUGUUCAUUGGAGUUCAUUAAUAGAUAGAAUUUUUAAUGUAGAAGACAUCAAAAAAUCUUAUCUAAACGUCCUGUAAUUUUGAAUUCUUACACAACAAUAAACACCCUUAGGUAGAAAUAGUUGAACCCUAAAUUGUAAAAGGUAUAAUUUAUAUGGUCAAUAUACAAGCAAGUUAAUCUACUCAUGGAUACAAAUUUGCAGUUAUGAAUCCCAGUUUGGAUAAAAACUAGGUUACAGUCUUUGGAUUCAAAUUGAAUGUAUUAAUGCCUUAAAUAUUAGAAUGUUCAUUCAAGUAAUUGGUUAGCUGUUGGUGCUUGUCAUUUAUCAGUAGUGUAGAGUAAACAAUUUGGAUUCGCAUUUCAAUCACUUGGACAUGGGGGAUAUUUAGUGUCAUCAAAUGGGGGUGCUUGGUCAAGUACAACUGCAAAUCAAAAUAAUGUUGUUAAGUGUUUCAAGUUUGGUAAAGGUGAUUUGAUAGUCAUAACUUAUGAUCCUAAGAAUGAUACAAUGACUUUUACAAAAUAGAAAGUAAUUCAUUUAUUUAGUUAGUUAGACUAAAACAACAUUUAAAUUGGAUGUGCCAAAAUCUGAUAAUAAUCUACAUCCUUGUGUUCUGUUUUAUUAUGCCUUAGACGAAGUUGAAUUUAUAUCAUCUGAAGGAAUAAAUCAAUUGCUUUCAUCUGAUGCAAUAGUUGAAUUAUGA